AUGCCGGAUUCUCAAGACAACGACAAAGCCGCCAGUAGUCUUCCGAUGGAAGCUACUGAGCAGGCACCAGAUUCCAUACAGUCACAACAAGGGACUACUGUGUACCCAAGCAGCGCAAGGCUGCUCGCGAUUGGAAUUGGCCUGAGCCUUGCCGUCAUCUGCAGUAACCUUGACCGUUCCAUUCUUGGUGUCGCAACGCCCAGGAUCACGGCCGAGUUCCAUUCCCUCGACGACAUUGGCUGGUACGGCUCGGCGUACCUGCUAACGUCAUGCUGCUCUCAGCUCAUUUUCGGCAAGAUAUACACUCGCUACAGCAUUAAAUGGGUUUUUAUUGCAGCUCUUGGCAUCUUUGAAGUUGGCUCUAUCCUAUGCGCCGCUACUCCCAACUCAGAUGGACUCAUCGUCGGUCGUGCUAUCGCGGGACUGGGGGCCACGGGCAUUUCCACCGGUGCUCCCAAGAUCAUCUCGAGCAUCAUGCCGGUGCACCAGCGACCGAAAUACACAGCCAUGAUUGGUGCUUGCAUGGGCAUCACCCUCGUCGUUGCCCCAUUUCUCGGCGGCGUUUUUACAGACAAGCUUACCUGGAGAUGGUGUUUCUGGAUCAACCUGCCCCUCGGCGGACUGACUGUCUUGAUUGUCCUGCUGCUUGUUCGCAUACCUCAACAGCCCAAGAUGGCUGGCACCUCGGGUAGACCGACGCUGGAUAAGCUUCAUCUUCCGGGAGUCGUACUGUUGCUGGCUUCAACCGUUUCACUUCUCCUCGCACUCCAAUGGGGUGACUCCAAAUAUGCAUGGGGUAGCUGGCGAUGCAUCCUUCUGCUUUGCAUUUUUGGUGUAUGUGGACUGGCCUGGUGCUGGCUUCAAUAUCUUCAAGGAGACGAGGCCACAGUUCCGCCGCGCCUGCUGAAGAUGCGGUCCAUUGUUGCCGCCAUGUGGUUCGCAUUUUGCCUCUUUGGCAUCAUGUUCAUCCAGUCGUACUACGUCCCCAUUUGGUUCCAGGCGUUGAAAAAUGAGUCAGCAUAUCACUCCGGUAUCAAUUUGCUUGCAAUGAGCGUGGCUAUGACGAUGGCGUUCAUCUUGACCGGUGUCUUGACAACCGUUACGGGCUACUACGUACCCAGUAUGAUUGCGGGCUCCAUCAUUUCAGCAAUAUCAGGUGGUCUCAUGAUGGAAUACGACGCCCAUACGUCUACCGGAUACUGGAUGGCCUCACUCAUCCUGGCGGGCCUCGGGUUCGGCCUAGGUGCCCAACAGUGCAUGAUGAUACCUCAGACUAUGCUCAAGGGAACAGAUAUUGCUCUUGGUACAUCCGUCAUCAUGUUCGGUGAGACACUAUCCGGCGCCGUUUUUCUUGCGGUUUGCGAAAGCCUCUUUCAAACCAGGCUAGUGCGAGAGCUGCAUAGGCUCGCGCCGACUGCAAACCCCCAAGUCGUCAUAGAAAAGGGAGCAGUGAACCUGAAAUCAUCCAUGACAGAGCUAUAUAGCCCAGAAGUGGCCGCGGGGGUUAUGCAGGCUUACUCUGGAGCUCUGCAGCCCGUCUGGAUCGUGGCAGUAGUGCUUGGAGCCCUGAGUCUUAUUGGUGCUGUAUUCACCGAGUGGGUGAGCGUAAAGAAGGACAAGAAAAAGGACCAAGACGAUGCUGGGAAGGAAGUGAAGAGCGCCCCUGUUGAAGAAGAAGAUUCUGUCCAAGUUGCAUAG